AUGUCUACCUCGGUAGACCCAACCCUAAACCCUCCUCGACACCCCGUCGAUUCAAGCUGCGAUCCGGUGAGGCCUUCGAACCCUCCGUUGAUUGCGCUGCCACUCUUCCUGGAUGAGCAUAUUACUGCCUCCUAUAGGAAGAAGGUGACCCUUAAUGGCAAGAUCAAAGCCAAAAGGGCCGCCAUUCAAAAGUUGACGGAGCAUGAUGCCAAUGGCACUUGCCCCAAAUCGCUUCAGAUUUCGCAUCAGAUGACCUUUUCGGAUGGUCUUCGCGAAUCUGAUCCUGAAUUUGUGAAAAUUCAAAGCGAAUAUUUUGAGGAGAUUAAAUCUCGCUACCUCAAGCAGGCAACUGCUAUUGCACUCAAAGUGCAACAUGAGGAACUCAGAACUCUCAACUUGCAAUUUGGAAAUUUGGAUACAGAAUUUUACAAUAAAACUUGUGAAUUUUUUGAUACCCAACAAACUGCCGCCUAUCCCACUGUACCUCUAACAAAGGGCAUCGCAUCAGGACGCGAAGUGGGAUUUCGCGAUCGGUUUUCAGGGGAAUUCCAUUUUCCGUAUUUGGUCGAAUUGGCCAAAGACAAAUAUUGCUCUAAAUGGUCCCAUUAUCUAGAUGGUCUAAAUGAUCGUCUAGCUCUAAUGUCCAUUAAAGCCAAAGCCCUCGAGGCUAAGCGUGCCGCUGCUGAAGACACAGAAAUGGGUCUUCCAGACGAGACUAAGAUUAAAGAUCUUGUGUCGAAAGUGGCUGACGCCAAGUUCAAAAAACUUGAAUCAAUGAUCCGUGGCCUGUCUAAAUCCAGCCCGGGUCCCAAGUCGCGUCAAAAAAACCGCCCAGCCGGGAAAAAGACCCAGUCACCCGGCAAAAAACCCAAACCGAAACCCAAACCUCGCGCAAAAGGCGCCCCCGGCGGUCACACUGGGCAAAACAAGCGAAAACGCGCCGGGCAAAUUUCCGGAAGCAAAAACGCCAAGCCAAGAAACAAGCACUAA